AUGGGUCAGGGUGUGCCUAGAUCAAUUCCAGCCUUUUUGGCAACUGCAUCCAAUCCAUUCUUCUCAAUAGUCUUCAAUGCUUUAGUUGACAACCGCAGCUUGAGAUAGCGCUUCCCUGCCUCCCACCAAACUCUCUUGUAUUGUAAGUUGACAAACUGCAGUUUCUUAGUCUUGUGGUUUGAAAAUGAAACUUUGUUUGCCCUGUUUGCCUUCUUGCCAGUGAAAGGGCAUAUUCUACCUAAGAAGAAGAACACAUAACUUGGUUGUGAGAAUCAUAGAACAUGAUAUCAUGAAUACAUAUGCAACAAAUUAGCAGAAA